UUGAGGAUGUCUUUAAUUUGCCCCAGGUGUCCAUGCUUUAGUUUGAUUAUGUUGGCUAUUUAAACCCCUCGGUGGCCGUGCACGGCGCGCAGUAUUAUUGUUUGUAGUGUAGAUGUUUAUGUUAGUUAUGUCAAGUGUGAGUUUGUAUAGAGAAUGCGUUAGCAUGCUAAGCGGUCUUGUUUCCAUGUCUUGCUCUUGCUUUUGCUUUUGCUUCAUGCCACGAUUCCAGUUUCUCGUUUCCCUGUUGAGACCGCGUUUUCUUUGUUUUGUUUAUCUGUUUAUUAAUAAAGACUUUGACCUGCAUCCGCUUCCAGAUUAUAAAGGACAUGGCAUCCUUCAAUGAGAGGCCCAUCAUAUUCGCUCUCAGCAAUCCCACCAGUAAAGCAGAGUGCACUGCGGAGCAGUGUUACACACUCACAGAGGGUCGUGGCAUUUUUGCCAGCGGUAGCCCUUUCAAGAAGGUGACUCUCUCAGAUGGACGCACUUUCUACCCAGGCCAGGCUAACAAUGCGUACGUGUUCCCUGGAGUUGCACUGGGUGUCAUUGCCUGCAGGGUGCGUCAUAUAUCUGAUGAUAUUUUCCUCACCACAGCAGAGGCAAUAGCUGACAUGGUUACAGAGGAACAUCUGGCUGAAGGCAGAUUGUACCCCCCUCUCAGCACCAUCAGAGAAGUGUCCUUCAAGAUCGCCAUGAAGAUUGUAGAUUAUGCUUAUAAACACGAUAUUGCUAACUGGUAUCCUGAGCCCAAGGAUAAAGAAGCCUUUGUAUUGUCACAUGUCUACAACUCUGACUACGACUCCUUUACGCUGGACUCCUACACGUGGCCAAAGGAGGCCAUGGCAGUUCAGGAUGUGUAGUUUCUCUGGGUGUUAGCUUCUCUCUCCUGCCUCUCAGAGGGAGCCACAUUCAGCACCAUGCCUCAGCUCAUCAUCUAGCUUGCUUUUUUUAUUCAUAAUAUAUAUUUUUUUCCUUCUCUAUAUCUAGACUUGUCUAGAUUAAAUGAAGACCUCCCAUUCUUGAAACAUUGCCCCCGGUUGCAGGUGCCAAAGGGUCUGCCUGUGUAAUUCAUUAAAUGCUCAGACUCCAAAACACGGACGUCAUAUUCGUGUACAGUAACUGCCUGUAAUGAGUUGAAGACUUCCAUCAAGAAAACUGUUCCACUUAUUUGCUUUUAUUGUAAACUCCACUGCCUGCAUUGUCAUAUGGAUUACGCCAAAGGAUGGCUUGUAUCAGAAAUUUUUAAUUACAGUAGCAGUGAAUUAUGUGUCGACCUCAACAGAUUGCUAUUUAUAUUAUGAUGUAGCCCAUAAGUCCUGAGUGGAUAACUAAGAAAUGUGUAGUACUGUGCUGAGUGCGAUUCGAAGGAUUGUUGCUAUCUAUUAUCGGUUUAUGAACAUUUUAUGCUUAUUAGUGGUACACUACAAAAGAAUUCUAUUUUCAGAUAUUCAAGGAAGGGCAAACAACGGUUUUGAAUAAAUAAUAAAAUCACA